AUGAAUGGUCUUGUUGAACGCCAAAAUCGUGGAAUACUGAAAGCCCUACGCAUCGCAAAAGUAUUAAAGACUGAUUGGAGGAAAGCUUUGGAAGAGUAUGUUUUUAUGUAUAAUACAACACCCCAUGCUGUAACCGAAAAACCUCCAAUGGAACUUCUUACCGGUCGUCCAGUAAAAGUCUUACUGCCAUCGCUACGAACUGAUCCUAUGUGGUACAGAGAUGAGAAUACCAGAGAAACCGAUACUAUAAAAAAGUUUCAAGGCAAGCAAUACGCUGAUACGCUCAAACCUCAACGAUCUCAGUAG